UAUCCUUUCCACCAACAACACAACAAUAUUACAUACUCUCUCUUCUUCUUCUUCUUUGUGUCCUUUGAUUUUUAGACCAACUAAACAUAUAUCAACAAAGUCUCUCUCUCUCUCUCUCUCUCUUUCUCUCUUAUCUUUUUUUUUUUUUCUGUUGUCCAAAAUUUUCAUCUCUUUGGAAAAACCCUAGACCAGAGAUUCCAAUCUCUUUUCUCUUCAUUUUUUAAAUAUAUUUUAGGUAUAUAUGUUGGGUCAUUGAAUCUUGUGACUGCCAUGACAGAUCUUUUUGGGAUCUGCAUAGAUUAGUUGCUUCUUGUAGCAGCUUUCAGGUAGCUGUGGCCAGCCUGCAUCAGAUGUUAUUAACUCACUACGCACCAAACACAGCAACAACGAAAACGGCAAGCACUUUGCAAGAGCCAAACAAAAACGGCACGCAAGUCUUUAUUCCAAGUUAGUUAAAAAGAAAACAACACUUGGAUUAAUGUCAUUUUGAGAGGUAACAAAAAAAAAAAGAAAAAGAAAAAAUGGGACUUAAGGGAUAUAGCGUCGGAGAAGGAGGAGGUGAGAUAGUUGAGGUUCAAGGCGGCCACAUCAUCCGAGCCACUGGCCGUAAAGACCGUCAUAGCAAAGUUUUCACAUCGAAAGGUCCACGUGACCGGCGCGUGAGACUCUCAGCUCACACGGCGAUUCAGUUCUACGAUGUUCAAGACCGGUUAGGUUAUGACCGGCCUAGCAAAGCCGUUGAUUGGCUCAUCAAGAAAGCCAAAACCGCCAUCGACAAACUCGAAAUCGCUGAGACUACUACCACUACUACUCGUCAAGAACCGGUGAAUACCAAACCGGGGUCUCCCAAUUUGGUUUUCCAAAGAGACAACAAUGACCAAACGCAGUUCGUGUCGGCCAAUCUUGAUUCUGAAGACGCAAUGAAAACGUUCUUCCCGGCGACGACGACAACAAGCGGCGGCGGCGGUGGUACAAACAUGAACUUCCAAAACUACCCUCACCACGAUGACGACAACAUAGUCUCAAGAACGACAACAACAACACCACAGAACCUGAGCCAAGAUCUUGGUCUCUCUCUUCACCCGUUUCAAGGAAACAACAACGCAGUAGUAGUACCGGAGACCAACAGUUUCACCACGACUCAUUUCGAUACAUUCGGGAGAAUCUCUGGAUGGAAUCAUCACGACUUGACAAUGACGUCAUCCUCCUCAUCGGAACAACACGAAGAAGAAAGGAGUAACGGUGGUUUCAUGGUGAAUCAUCAUCAUCAUCAUCAACAUCAACCGUCGAUGAUGACAUUGCUUAAUAGUCAACAGCAACAAGUGUUUCUUGGUGGCCAACAACAACAACAACAACAAAGGGGUACCCUUCAGUCCAGUUUAUUCCCUCACUCGUUUCGUUCUUGGGAUCAUCAAACCACGUCAGAUCAACACCACCAUCAUCAUCAGAACCAAGCUUCUCCGGUGAUGUUUGCUUCUCAGUUUGGUUCUCAUGGGAUGAUGAUGAUGCAAGGCCUUAGUUUCCCCAACACUACAAGACUACUCCAUGGAGAAGAAGCUACUCAACCAAACUCUUCUUCUCCUCCUCAAAACUCACACCUCUAAACUCUAAAGACAGACAGCAACAAUGGAGGUUUUGAUUCAUCAUGACAUUGAACAAAAAAAGGAGGAAUUAAUUGAUGAAAGGAGAGUACGCUUAUAUAUAUUAAUUAUUGUUACUAGCAUCUAUCCAUAUAUUUAUGAUUCAAGACACUAUUAUUACUCUUUUUGGUGUUAUUAUUGUUACUAGUUAUGCAAAUUUUGCUUGUUUGCUUUUAUAUAUGAUCUCUACAUUGAUCAUCAAGAUUACGAUAUUGCCGAACUAGAUGAGUCCUAUGUGUAAUUUUGGCUUUAAUAUGGCCUUAGGCUAGCAGUGGGAUAAAUUGUAAUCUCAUUUUUGUUCUACGAGUGAGUUUUUGAUUUUCAUA